CUACUUCAAUUAUUCAAGACAUACCUCAGCGGCUGUGAAGAUCCUUGUAGAACGACACGAUGAAUAUCGACUACAAACCCUCAAAUGAGAGGAGAAGUUUUGAUAUAGAUAUCUCAACGCGCCAUGAGAACGCACCCACCGACUACGCACCAGACGAUGUUCAAAAGAAAUCUCGCAAUCUCGAGGAUCCAGAGUGGGCCAUCCAACAGAAGCGAUACUUGCGGAAGUUGGACUUCAUUAUCCUGCCAAUGAUCUCGCUGCUUUAUUUCUUCGAGUAUCUUGACCGCGGUAAUAUUGGUAACGCGAAGCUCUACGGGUUCGAUGAUGGGCAUUCGACGGUCAGUGAGGGAAUUGGUCCUGGCACUAAGUCUUUGACUCCAACCCAAUGGCAACUUACCUGCGUCGCCUACAACUAUGCAGGAGCACUCGUAUGCCGAUUAUUUCUAGGCAUCUUCGAGGGGCUCUUCGGCACUGGAAUUGUCUAUUACCUCUCGCUCUGGUAUCAUCGUUCAGAGAUGGGCGUUCGCGUCUUCUGGUUCCUUGGUCCCACCGCUAUUGCAGGCGCAUUUGGUGGCCUCAUGGCUUACGGAAUUGGCCACAUCGACAGUGAAACGCCGAUAUGGAAGUGGCUUUUCUUGAUCGAGGGCGUGCCUGGCCUCUGCCUCGGCAUACUUUGUCUAUGGUGGAUACCCGAUCGACCAUCCAAGAACUCGCGGUUCUCUGGCCGAUAUCAAGAGAUUGCGGAAGCUCGUUACCACAGCGAGUCAUUCGAUGUAGCUGGCAAGAUCCAGCUGAAGCACAUCCUCUUGCCAGUGACCGAUUGGCGGCUCUAUUUACAAGUUGCGGUCUAUCUCCCCACUGCUGGGAUGCUGUCUUCGAUCUCGGGAUUCCUGCCUACGGUCGUUCGAGACCUAGGCUACCACGAACCCACAAAAGCAAAUCUCAUGACCGUCCCUCCUUACGCCUGCGCCUUCGUCCUAAUGUACAUCUUCGCCUGGUCCUCUGACCAUUAUCGCGAGCGCGGCUUCCACUGCGCCGCCCUUGCAACCGUCACCGCAAUCGCAUACGCGCUCCUCGCAUUCCUACCCGAGUCCCAGCUCCACGGCAAAUACGCCUGCAUCUGCAUCGCUGUAGCCUGCGUCUACGCCACAUACUCCCCUUCUCAUGCGUGGGCCGCUAACAACUUCGGCAAUGAGACAAAGCGAGCUGUGGGUAUGGGAUUGUAUACAGCGCUCGGGAAUCUCGGAUCAAUUGCGGGCACAUGGUUUUAUCCGACGACCGAUGCGCCGCAGUUUCGGAAGGGGCAUGCCGUUUGUAUGGGGUUGGCUAUUGCGACGGCUUCAUUCGCUCUGAUCAACAGUUUCGCAUUGAAAGCGGUCAAUAGUCACAGAGACAAGAAGUAUGGGAAGCCAGAGCCGGGGAUUUCGAUUGAUGUUACGGAGUUGGCGGAUGAUAGUCCGCAUUUCAGGUUUAUUACUUGAAAGUUAAACGUCAAAAAAGAAGCCCUGAAGGUUAGUAACUAGAGAAUACUUUGGGUAGUGCCUUGAGGGUGUGUAAGUUCAUUCGAUUUACUGCGCCAAUGCUUUCACAUGUAUAAGCAAGAGUAAACCCACGAGAUCUGAGAAUAUUUUACGAGCGUCUGUAAAGUUUGAAUGAUACUAUGAGGCUGCUAAGUUUCACAAUGCGUCGAAAAGGGACUACUAUGCUAGAUAUAAUCACUCAUCUUUUACUGUACAUGC